CUAGGUUAGUAACUUAUUUGUAAAGCGUGUGGCUUCACGAUCUGGUUUCGCUCAUUCAAUCGUUAUUUUUAGAAAUACCAUAGUCAUUAACUUGUACUUUUUAGUCCUAUUAAAUAAAAUGAACGAAACGAAUGUAUUUGCAAGAAAUUAACGAAGAAAAUAGGUUUACACAUUGUUUUAUUUUUAGAAAUUUUCAUUCGAUACAUUUCGAUACACAAAACAGAAUUUCUUAAAGAAUGGACUUUGCUUAAAUCUAAAUAGAUCCAAGAUCUAAGUAACAUGGGUAUCUGUGUUAAUACGUACUGAAAGCAUCUUGUCAUCAAUUUUUAAAUAACCACGUGUGCUAUAGGAAAGUCUGUGUGACUUUUUUUAAUACAAGAAAGAAGAAUUACUUUGGUUCGAGUGAAAUUGAAAUAAAAUGUUAACUGCUGCUGCGAAUUCGUUAUCGAAUAACGGUGGCUCUUACAGCAAUGAUAGACCGUCGAGCACAGCAGAUCCAGAACUUGCAACUGAUCCCGCUUCAGGUGGAUUUUUUCACUCGGAUUAUAAAAAACAUGAAGACUUGAAACAAAUGUUGGAUAGUAAUAAGGAUGGACUUAAAUUAGAGGCUAUGAAGCGUAUAAUUGGGAUGAUAGCAAAGGGACGAGAUGCAUCAGAAUUAUUCCCAGCUGUAGUAAAAAAUGUUGUAUCAAAAAAUAUUGAAGUGAAAAAAUUAGUUUAUGUUUAUUUGGUUCGUUAUGCUGAAGAUCAACAAGAUCUUGCACUUUUAUCUAUUUCUACAUUUCAACGAGCAUUAAAAGAUCCUAAUCAAUUAAUAAGAGCCAGUGCUUUAAGAGUACUUUCAAGUAUAAGAGUUUCUAUGAUAGUGCCUAUAGUAAUGCUUGCUAUCAAGGAUUCAGCCAGUGAUAUGUCACCAUAUGUGCGAAAAACUGCAGCACAUGCUAUUCCUAAACUUUAUUCACUAGAUUCUGAACAAAAAGAAGAAUUAAUAGGUGUUUUAGAAAAGUUACUAUCAGAUAAAACAACUCUUGUUGUGGGUUCUGCAGCAAUGGCAUUUGAAGAGGUUUGUCCUGAAAGAAUAGAUUUGAUACAUAAAAAUUAUAGAAAGCUCUGUAACUUAUUAGUAGAUGUCGAUGAAUGGGGUCAAGUUGUUAUAGUCAACAUGCUUACAAGAUAUGCAAGAACACAAUUCAUUAACCCUAAUGUAGAUAGCAUAGAAGAUGAUGAAAAUCGCCCGUUUUAUGAUUCUGAUUCUGAUUCGUCUAAUACAAAGAAACCAAAAUUAACAAUAGAUCCAGAUCAUCGAUUAUUAUUGCGAAAUACAAAACCUCUUUUGCAAAGUAGAAAUGCUUCUGUAGUAAUGGCAGUAUCUCAAUUGUAUCACCACACUGCUCCACGAAGCGAAGUAAUGAUCGCUGCCAAAGCAUUAAUUAGAUUAUUAAGAGGACACAGAGAAGUUCAGAGCAUAGUUCUCCACUGCAUUGCUAACAUAUCAAUUGCCAGGAAGGGAAUGUUUGAACCCUUCCUUAAGUCAUUUUUUGUGAGAACUUCAGAUCCUACUCAUAUAAAACUUCUGAAAUUAGAUAUUUUGACCAAUUUAGCAACUGAAACUAGUAUCGGAGUUAUACUAAGAGAAUUCCAAACUUACAUCUCUAGUAGUGAUAAAGAAUUUGUUGGGGCUAGUAUACAAGCAAUUGGGAGAUGUGCAAGUAAUAUAAAAGAAGUGACUGAUACGUGUUUGAAUGGAUUAGUUUCAUUAUUGAGUAAUCGAGACGAGGCUGUUGUAGCAGAAAGCGUUGUUGUUAUAAAGAAGCUGUUACAAACUCAACCAAACGAACAUAAAAAUAUAAUUGCUCAUAUGGCAAAAUUAAUGGAUUUCAUAACUAUACCACAAGCCAGAGCAUCUAUCUUGUGGCUCUUGGGAGAAUAUUCAGAUAGAGUACCUAAGAUAGCACCAGAUGUGCUUAGAAAAAUGGCUAAAAAUUUUGUAAAUGAACAAGAUAUUGUAAAGCUCCAAAUAUUAAAUUUGGCUGUAAAGCUGUGUCUAAAUAAUCCUAUUCAAACCAAGCCAUUUUGUCAAUACGUUUUCCAACUUGCGAAAUACGAUCAAAACUACGAUAUUAGAGAUCGUGCACGUUUCUUGAGACGUUUUAUUUUUGACGAAGAUGGUCAUAAGAAAAAUCUUCCACAGCUUGCAAAAAGAAUAUUUCUAGCUCCAAAACCUGCACCAACUCUAACAUCUAGGUUCAAAAAUUCUGAAUAUCAGUUAGGAACAUUGUCACAUUAUUUAGAUAUGCCAUGUGCUGGUUAUCGUCCUUUGCCACCUUUCCCUGAUGUAGCUCCUGAUCCAUCUGUAAGAGAUGUUGCAAGUAGCACUAUUAGAGAUGCAAGAGAUGAAUAUUAUAGAAAAGAGAAGAAAGACAAAAAGGGAAAAGAAAAAGAAAAACCCUUUUAUAGUGAUGAAGAAAGUGUUCAAGCAGAUGAAUUAAAUAAUGAAAAUGACUCUUCAGAUACUUCAACAACUGAUUCUUCAGAUGAGGGGAGUGACUCAUCUGAGUAUAUAUCAGAAUCUGGUAAAUCUGAGAAUGAUAGUGAGAAAAAGAAAUCUACCAAGAUAUCUGAUGAGUCGAACAGCGAGUCUGAAAGUGAAGAAUCAGAUUCUGAAGAAUCAUCUGAGAAUUCUCAGGAAAGUGAAGAGGAAAAGUACAAGGCUUCCAAUCAAGAAGCAACAGAAAAACCAAAAAGCAACAUUGAUCUCCUUUUAGAUUUAGAUGAUGUGAUUCCAAUGACACCAGUUAUGCCAUUAAGCACAGGUAGUCUUCUUACCCCUAUCAAUUUGAAUAUUACAAAUGAUGUCAGAGAAAUUUCAGCCUCAUUUAUUCCCAUAAAGAAAUCUGAAUUAUUAAAUACUAUUACGGGACAUGGUUUGAAAAUUGAAUAUAGAUUUACUAGAUCGCAGCACUUAGUAAGUGCUUAUUUAGUUACUAUUGAAUUAACAUUUUCCAAUGAAAGUAGCGAACCUGUUAAAGAAAUACAAAUAGGAGUAAAGAAUUUACCAAAAGGAAUGGUUAUACAUGAUUUUAUGCGAAUACCACUAUUAGAAGUAAAUUCAAAUUUAUCCACAACAUUGGGAAUCAAUUUUAAUGAUUCCACACAACCAGCACAUUUUAAUAUUGACUUUGCAAUUGGAGAUGACAUGUAUUCCUGCCCAGUUACUAUUAAAGCUCCAAUUGGAGAAAUAAUAAGAGCCGUGUUCUUGCCAGAAAAUAUGUUUACAUGUGAAAAAACUAAAUUGAAGGGUAUGAAUGAACAUGUUGCGAAAGUGCAAUAUUUUGGGAAUAAGAAAACUAUAUCCCAAAAAGUUUUUGAGACUGCGAAUGUUGCAAUGAUAUCUAGCAGUGAUGAAGAGAUAAGAUUUGCCGCUCAUACAUUAGCAUCAAAGUCCUUAGUAUUAGUAACAAUAAAAGUUAUAGGUAAUGAAUGUUUGGAAAUUUGUGUUAACUGUGAAAAGAUGGUAAUAGGUUCUAUCUUGUUAACUGAAUUAAAAAGUAAUUUAAAGAUGAACUAAUUAUUUUUUAUUUAUACUCAUAAAGUAAAUA